AAGUCCUCAACCCUCGAUAGAUAUAAACAAGAUACUCUAUGUUUUGAUAAAUUCAAGAGGUGGAUAAGAUAAAACCUCCGUGGCCAAAGAAAGGUAGGUACUCAAAAUGAAACUCAGAUUAUUCUUCUUUGCCACAGUUUUCUUAAUAGGGUUGAAUAAAUCCAGCUCCACUUCAAAAAACAAAUUCCCGGAUUAUUUCAAAUUCGGCGUUGCAACAGCAUCGUACCAAGUCGAAGGUGCUUGGAAAGAAGACGGCAAAGGCGAAAACAUUUGGGACCACAUCACUCAUACAAACCCCACAUAUGUCGUAAACCAAGACAAUGGAGACGUCGCUUGCGACUCGUAUCACAAAUACAAAGAGGAUGUCGCGAUACUUAAAGACUUAGGGGUCGACUAUUACCGAUUUUCCCUUUCUUGGUCCCGUAUUCUCCCAUAUGGAAUCGCCGGUUCGCCUCUGAACAAAUUGGGUAUUGAAUAUUACAGAAAUUUGACGCAAGAACUGCUCGAUAAUGGAAUUGAACCCAUGGUUACACUAUUCCAUUGGGACACUCCGGAACCCUUGCAGGAAUUGGGUGGAUGGCCUAACCCAGAAAUGGAGGAACAUUACGCAUACUAUGCUAGAACCGUGUUUGAGCAAUUGGGGGAUUUAGUCAAAAUUUGGAUGACUUUCAACGAACCAAAACAAACGUGUCUUGAAGGAUACGGCAAAGGGAUAAAGGCGCCAGGUUUCACGACCACCGGAAUAGCUGAUUAUAAGUGUACACACACUUUAAUUAAAUCACAUGCGCGGGCUUAUCAUAUCUAUGAUGAAGAGUUUAAAGCUAAACAGGGAGGAAGAGUCGGGAUGGUUAUUGACACAAUAUGGUUUGAGCCGGCCAGUGGCAGUGACAAGGAUGCAGAAGCGGCGGAAAGGGCCGUUCAAUUUACGUAUGGUUGGUACGGCAACCCCAUCAUCAUAGGCAAUUACCCCCAAGUCAUGAUCGACCGAAUUGAUGAAAGAAGUAAACAGCAAGGUUUUGCGCAAUCGAGACUUCCAAAAUUUUCAGAAGAAGAAUUGGAUUAUGUUAAAGGAACUUACGAUUUCGUUGCCCUCAAUUCCUACACUACAAAUUAUGCCGAAUGGAAAGAAGAAGAAGUAGAUCUUUCCAAUGUCGGUUAUGACAGCGAUUUAAAUGUUCAUCUUUUUAUGGAUGAUAGUUGGGAAGAAUCGGCUUCAUCAUGGCUGAGAGUUGUUCCUUGGGGUUUAAGAAAAGUAGUAAACUGGCUUAGUAAAACCUACAACAAUCCGGAAAUUUUUAUUACUGAAAAUGGUGUAUCAGACCGUGGUGGAGUUAAUGAUGAUCAAAGAAUAAGUUUCUAUAGAGAAUAUUUAAGUAAUCUCGUUGAUGCGAUUGUGGAAGAUGGAGUAAAUGUCACAAGAUAUACUGCUUGGAGUUUGAUGGAUAAUUUCGAAUGGAAAAGUGGAUUUUCGGAAAAGUUUGGUUUGUACAGCGUUGAUUUCAACAGCACCGAGAGAACAAGAACAAAAAAGGCUUCUGCUGAUUAUUAUUCGAAAAUUAUUAGUACCAGGUGUUUAGUAGACACAUGCGAGUAAUAUUUAUAACAAAAUAAAUGUAUUUGAAUAAAUAAAUAAAUAUUUGUAUAAAAAAUUAAUUU